AUGCGUUAUUGCAGCACUGUCAGUGGGAGCAAGACUUGGAGUGAAGCAUAGUUUUGUUAAAACGGAAAGCCCAAUGUAUUAGUCAAGCAGGACUAUUUGACUGGAGAGGAGAUAAUGGAGACUCACAACCCCACAACCUAGCUUAAGAAAAGUUUGAGGCCUGUGAUGGUGCUUCACAAUGAAGGGGUUAAUUUCCAACUACAUUCUCUCAGCAACGAGGACGAAGCUUGGAAAAACUACCUGGAAAAUCCAUUAACUGCAGCAACAAAGGCCAUGAUGAGCAUCAAUGGUGAUGAAGAAAGUGUAGCUGCUUUGAGUUUCCUCUAUGACUAUUAUAAGGUCCCAAAGCAGGAAAGAAUUCUUCUGCCUGGAAAAGUACCUCGCCAAUGUGAACCGAAUUUAGUGAAGAGGAGUAGCACUGGAACAGGAUUUGAAUUUGAUGACAUGAUAUCUCUGGAUAGUCCUGUUCAAACUAUGAAACUUUUGUCCGAAGAUAUCACCAUGUCAACAGAGUACCCUGAUCCAACCAGAAGACCUCACCGGCUGCAUUCAGAUUCUAUCUUUACAACUCCCAAAUCUCAGCCACAGUUGGAUAACUAUACCAUUAUUCCCGCGGAUCUAUAUGACUGCAAUCUAACUGAUUCAUUUGAUAAUAUUUUAAUGACUCAACCACCACAAAGGUGGGCUCCUGAGAACAGUUUCAAAGAUGCAUUCAAGGACAUAUCGCCUGAGGCCUUUCUUAAUGAUUUGAUAAGACCAUCCUGUGAUGAGGAAGAUGUUACAAAUAGUAAACCAAGGGUGGAUUUUGAAUGUAUGCUGGAAGCACCUAAAUCUGUCAACCAGAAACCAGGGGAGGAAUCGAUGGGUUACCUCAACAAAGGCCAGUUUUACCCCAUCACACUGAGAGCUGUGGAAGGUGACAAAUGUCUGCAAGUAUCCUCAACCAAAGUUCGAAGUAUGGUUAUGGCUGUUUUUGACAAUGCAAAGACUCCGGAGGAACAAGUGAAGUUUUGGAAACACUGGCAUUCCCGACAGCAUACAGUCAAGCAACGGGUCAUCGAUUUUGCAGAUUACAAGGAAAGCAACAACACAAUCAGCUGUGUGGAAGAAGUGGCAUUUAACGCUCUGUCCUUCAUCUGGGAUACCAGCAAGGAAGCAAAGGUUUACAUUGGAAUUAACUGCCUUAGUACAGACUUCUCCUCACAGAAGGGAGUCAAAGGUCUUCCCUUGAAUCUCCAGAUAGACACCUAUGACUGUGAAGCCAAAUCAGACAAGCCUAUUCACCGGGCUGUCUGUCAGAUUAAAAUAUUUGUGGACAAGGGUGCUGAGAGAAAAAUGAGAGAUGAAGAACGCAAACAAUCGAAAAGAAAAAGCAAGUUCCCGGAUUCCACCACAGACACCAUCGAUAGCAAGAGGAUUUCACAGCCAGACCACAAAGGAAAUGACAUUACGUACUUUAAGCCAAUAACAGAUCUCAUAUCUCCUCCCGUUCUAUUCACCCCAGAAGCCCAUUUUCUUUAUUCACAACGAACUGGAUUGGGGCAUUCAAUGAGUUGUGAAGUCACAAAUCCUGAGAGGUUUCCAUUGAAAAGGGAUAACAAGGUUCUGUACAAAGAUGAAUUGGACCCGCCAGUCAAACAAGCAAGGUUUUGUGAACCAGAGAGAGUGCUGUUAUACGUGCGGAGGGAGUCAGAUGAAGUUUUUGAUGCAUUGCUGUUAAAGACGCCUAAUCUUAAUGGAUUGAAGAGUGCGAUUUCAGAAAAGUAUGGACUGCUUGAGCAGAGAAUUUGCAAAGUUUACAAGAAUUGUAUGAAAGGAAUCUUGGUAAACAUGGAUGACAACAUUGUGCAGCAUUACUGCAACCAUGCUGCAUUUUUGGUGGAGAUAAAGGACAUAAAUGGAGGCUGUCAAAUAACACUUAAAGAGGUUUAAAGAGUCUCAGCACUCAUAGACAAACUCAAAGGAGCCUCAAAAUGAGGAACGCAUCAGUUAUCACUCUACCUCUUCCCUUCUCUCCACAUACGUAUACUAUUGGCUGCUUUCAAUAUUUGGACCCAAGAUCACUUUCUUCUGGUCAGUUGCAAAAAAGAACUUGCUGAAGUCAAGAAUGAAGAACUCAACGUUAUUUUAUUUUUGAUCUAUACUCAUGUUGGAAGAAGCCCUCUGUAUCAUUGAAGAAUUUUUUUUCUUUAUUUGUUUAUACUGCUCAACUUGUUAAAUCUCCAGUGUCAAAGUGCUACAUGCUUUCAACUCCGCCCAACAAAUGUUUAUUGACUGUUGGAACAUAUACAUGGAAUCACUAGCCAGUCGAUGUAUAUUUCAGUGUAUUUGAAUGUGUGAUAUUUUUGGAUUAUUCAUCUUUUUCUGCAACUUACAUGUGUCAUUUUUUUAUUGCAAAUUCAACCGAUUUCAAAUUUUCAGGUUUGUCAAUAUAAAAUAUUUUUUACAAGGAAUGGCAAAGCAAUUGCUAUAAAAUUCUUUUACGGUGCUCAUGAAGUAUGUGGAAGAAUUCAAUGCUCAUAGAAGAAAGUAUACAAUAACUAUUUUCCCCUUUGAGGGACAUUGACUCAGUGAUAAUUCAAAAAAUAUUUAUCUUUUCUUGAAAUAUAAAUAAAAGCAUAUGGUUUCCUUCUCUUUCGCAUGCCAUGAAUCUGUGAUAUACUUCCUUAAUGCUUCACUAGAGGAAAUAUUCAUGUCAUUUUAAUGCUACAAAAUGGUACCUGGACCUCCUGAUAUGAUCAAGGAUUUCCAAAAUCUUUAAAACUAUCAGCUUACAGAGGAUGUGUGUUUUGGAAUCAUGGUGUGCUGGUAUCAUAUCAUGAUUUGAAACAUUAAAGCUAUGUACUAUGGAUAUGUAUAAAAUAUUAUAUCAUGGAUUAAAGAGGAAGCAACGCAUAAUGACCUGGCAUCCCUCAGUUACCAAAACAUUCCUCAGCUGACUAAAUUUAAAAUAUUACUAGUCCUGUUAACUGCCAACUUUAAAAAAAAUCUAUUAUCAUGUAUAAGUUCUUUAUUUUUAUACCAAAUGUUCUCUGGCAUUGUCACCUGUCAUAAUUAGGGCAAGGAAGCAUUGUUUUCCAAGUGCAGCAAACUGGGGAGACCACUGAUUCCUAUUGGCUUGAUGUCUUGUGCUAUAAUAUUUUUACUAAGCUUCCAAAUUUAAUGCUAGGUUGCUCGAUAAACUACUUAAGGAAACAUUACAUUUCUAUACCUGAAGAUAUGACAAAUCUGAGUGAUUCAAGUUUUUGUCUUUGAGUAUAUUUUCCUCUCUUCACUAAUGUUAGUGAGAACAUUUACUUGAAGCAUGAAGUCAGAAACAUGCUAUCUACUCAGCUUGACACUUUCACUAACAUUAGUGCACAAAGGCAGGAACUUAUCUUGUAAUGAAUUGACUUGCCUGAUUUGCUAUUGACUUAUUAUGGGGUUUGUGUAUUGUAAUACAGUCAAUUUGUGACAUCUAUUAGUAUUGUGCUAAAGAUCUCCGCAUUGUGAAGCAUAUAUAUUGUACAUAUAAAGAGUAAGUCUCAAGUAUGAACAUGGUGAUGGACAUUUCAUGUUUUCUUUAUGAUAUCGUUCAACCUCAGAUGUGGUCUCAGAAUUGCCUGAUCUAUUUUUAUUAUCCAAUUGUAAUGAAUCAGCUUCUUGUAAGAUUCUUAAUGACAUGGCAUAGAACAUUCACUGCCAAAUUCCUGUCAAAAUUUCAAUUGAAAAAUGUAACUUGCAAUUUUUUUAAUGAAAUUCCCUUAGUUGAUGCAUUUCUCAUCCAAUAAGAGAUAUAAACCUCCCACUGUGUCUAUGUGCCAUUGUCAUUGUAUCUAUCUCUUGGGUAUUCACAGAGAUGCAGUUUACAAAGUUCACAAAUUCUAAACAAAUGUUACCUUUCUAACUUAAACUGUUCAAAAGAAAAUGUAUUUCUAUCAAUCUCCAGUGUGCAUAGAUGAGUAGAAUUCUGUUCCCAUCUUCUUCCUACACUCCCAACCCACCCCCCUACCUCCCUCACCAACGCCUUCCUGCUUACCUGUUUCAUUUCCAACAGGUGAAAAAGCAAUUGGCACACUUGGUGCAUCUUAGCCAUUUCCAAAUUUGAUGCUUAGAUUGGGUGGUUCGUCCCAUUUUAGUCUUAUUAAACUUUGUCAUUGUACCAUGGGCUAGGCCAUCUCAGAAAGCAAUUAAGAGUCAACCACAUUGCUGUGGCCUGGAAUCGCAGAUAAGCCAAACCAAAUAAGAAUGGAUUUACUUCCCUAAAGGACCUUAGUAAACCAGAUGGGUUUUUGCAACAAUCUGGCAGCUACCUGGUCACUUAAAUGUUGCUGUAUUCCACUCCAGGGAAAGAUUUUAUAAUUGGUGCAAUACAAGAGCCUGUUUCCUUUCUUGUUAAAGGAGGAAAAAUGGUUCUAAUACAAUGAGAUUUACAUUUUUUUAAAAAACUUUUAUUAUGUAUGUCUUGUGCUUAAAUAAAGCUAGCUAGUUAUUCGCACUAAUGCCUGCUCUGAAAUGUGCUCAGGACUAUCCUCAGUACUACUCACAGCACCAGUUCCUAGCAAUCUGGCUCAUAGGAACAUAGGUUCAUAGGAACAGGAGUAGGCCAUUCAGCCUGACGAGCCUGCUCCACCAUUCAAUACAAUCAUGUUUGAUCAUCCACUUCAAUGCCUUUUUCCCAACACUAUCCCUAUAUCGUUUUAUGUCAUUGGUAUUUAGAAAUCUGUCAAUCUCUACUUUAAACGUACUGAACGACUGAGCUCUCACAGCCCUCUGGGGUAGAGAAUUUCAAAGAUUCACAACCCUCUGAGUAAAAAGAUUUCUCAUCUCAGCCCCCUUCUUUUGAAAUGUUGUCCCCCAGUUCUAGACUCCUCAACCAGGGGAAACGUCUUACCUGCAUCUAUCCUGUCUAUCCCUUUAAAAUUUUGUAGGAUUCAAUGUGAUCCCUUCUCAUUCUUUGAAACUCUAGAAAAUACAAGCCCAGCUUCCUCAAUCUCUCUUCAUAGGACAAUCCCACCAUUCUGGGAACAAGUCUGAUGAACGUUUGCUGCAUUCCCUCUAUGGCCAUAAUAUCCUUCCUAAGGUAAGGGGACCAAAACUGCACACAAUACUCUAGGUGCAGUCUAACCAAGACUUUAUACAAUUGCCCAAGACUUCACUACUCCCAUACUCAAAUGCUCUUGCGAUAAAUGCUAACAUACCAUUAGCCUUCCUAACUGCUUGCAGCACCGGCAUGUUAGCCUUCAGUGACAAAUUCAGUGUCCCUUUGUACAUCUGCACUUUCUAAUCUCUUAUCAUUUAAGAAAUACUCUGUACA